GGCGUCCGUGCUUUGCUCUUUAGUUUUGUCUUCUUCAUUUGUUGAUUUAUUCGGUUGAAGUUUACUGGUGAAUAGUGGGGAGGUAUCAUUUUGUCGGAGUUGAAGAUUUCUGCUAAAAGAAACUGCGGUGUUUUUGUCAUUAAAUUGUACAGCCUGCAACAAACUUUGAGAAAUUUCUUCAUUAUUUGAAGAAAUAUGAAGUCAGGCUCAAAAAAUGGUUGGAGUUCUCUCAUGCCAUUUCGGGUGGGAAGGAAAUCCUUGGUUCGCUUUUCUUUGUUCCCCAAAGUUCGAUCAGCUGGACAAACAUCAGGCAACGCACCUGUUUAUCUGAACGUAUAUGACUUGACACCCUUGAACGGUUAUGUUUAUUGGGCGGGGCUGGGCAUAUUCCACUCUGGGGUUGAAGUUUAUGGCGUGGAGUAUGCAUUUGGGGCGCAUGAUUAUCCAACGAGCGGAGUGUUUGAGGUUGAGCCUCGGCAAUGCCCAGGCUUCAGAUUUAGGAAGUCUAUAUUCAUGGGCACAACUUGUCUAGAUCCAAUUCAGGUCAGGGAAUUUAUGGAACAUCAUUCUGCAAACUACAGUGGUGAUAAAUAUCAUUUAAUUGUUAAGAACUGCAACCAUUUCUGCAAGGACGUCUGUUACAAAUUGACUGGAAACUCUAUUCCAAAAUGGGUGAAUCGGCUUGCAAGGAUAGUCCUCUCCUACGCUUUGCUUCUAUCCGAUUGUUAUGAGGUGGGGAGGACUGAAGAGAAGAGGAAGCAUUGCUCAGGUUUCCAACAAGCUGCAGUUGGAGGUGGCGUUGGUGUUGUUGCGACAACAAGCUUCUUGUGGCACUCAGCGUGA